CUCAUUGGUGUUCUCAAGGCUUCGCUGGCGAGUCUGUUUUUUUAAUAUCUUUUAUUUUAUUGUAUGAAAUGGUUCUGCUAAAGAUUUCAUCAAAAAAAGUAUUUUGUAAGGACUUAUUUGUUUCCAGGAUAACCAAUUCAUAUAUAAAUGAUUUUCUCCCUUCAAAUUUUGAGCUGUCCUCGAUGACUAAGCGAGACGAACGUUGCUAACACAAGCAACAUAGGGACGCACUCAUGCAUGCCUGGAAAACAGCCGAGUCAUCAAGUAAGAAAACACAAAUGGAGAAAUACUCUCACGUGCUGCAAGGUUGUUUGAAUGACCUGCCACAGGAAGAGACCAACACAGUUCGUGUCUUUUUUAGUUCAACAUUUACUGACAUGACCAUUGAACGGAACGUGUUAAUGAAAGAUGCUGUUCCGUACUUACGAGAUUUCUGCAAGAAGAAAGAUCUGGACUUUCAGGUAAUAGAUAUGCGAUGGGGUGUACGAGAAGAUGCAGGCAUUGAACACACUACUACAGACAUCUGUUUGCGCGAAAUCAAAAGAUGUCAAGAAACAUCAGCUGGGCCAAACUUUGUUGCCUUUCUUGGUGAUCGAUAUGGCAGUUGUCAACUUCCUAAUACUAUUCCUGUGACUGAAUUUCGAACAAUGAGACGCCUGGCAUCAUGGAUGGACAUAAAAGAAUUUGCAAUUGUUGACAAAUGGUAUCUUCUUGACACAAAUGCUGUGCCACCAGUAUACCAAAUUCAAGCAAUUACAUCACUUUUACCAUACUAUUCUGAUAAGAAUCCCAGCAACAAACAUCUUUGUGAUCAGAACCACCAGAUCUGGGAAAGAGAGCAGAUUUCAAUGUUGCGUGUACUGCGCAUUGUGGCUGACAAAGCUUGUUCUCAAAACCUUAUAACUGCUGAUGCCUGUGAAAAGUAUCAUAUUUCAGUGACCCAUGAUGAAGUGAAGGAUGGGAUUUUGAAAUAUGCUGAUGCUGAAGAUAAAGUGUUGGUUUUCUGCAGAAGUUUUACUGAUAUAAACUUAAAAGACAAACUUGUUAAAAGAUAUACAGACUGGACAAUGGAGGGGGAAAUAGACCAAAAAGCACAGAAACAGCUCACACACUUGAAAAGCAAUGAAGUACCAGAAUGCUUGCCUUUCUCUCACAUCAUACAAAACACAAUUCCUUGGACAAGCACUGGAGUAGAUGAAGAAAACAACAUUCAUGCAGCUUACUUGAAAGAUUUCUGUGAGACAUUUAAGCACCAUAUGGUUGCCAUGAUUGAAAAAUCUCUCCAUACCUUUGCUUCUCAGGAUUCAGAGGUUGCUGGAAUGUACAAAGAAGUUUUGCACCACCUGCGCUUUUGUGCAUUAAAGUGUGAAAUAUUUUGUGGGCGUGAAAAUGAACUGGAGUAUAUCCACAACAUAUUGAAUAAAACAGAGACACAGGACAGUAACAACUUUUCCAAUGAAAGAAGAUUAUUACAGGUUGAACAGAAGGCAGCAAAAGAUGGAAAUGACCAAGAUGAAAGGACCCAACAAAUAGAAUUGAUGGGAAAAUUUUCCAACAACAUAGGUACUACAUUCUGUUAUGGAGAUUCAUUUGAUGAUUAUACAUCAGAUCCACAGAGGGACAUGAGAGAAGAAAACAUAGCCCUGCCCAAAAUCCUCAGUUUUAGGAGGCCAGUUAUCAUUAAUGGACCAUCUGGCAGUGGAAAGACAGCACUGAUGGCUAAAAUUGUUGAGCUUUCAAAAAAAUGGGUACCUAAGUCCAUGUGUGUGGUUCGCUUCUUAAGCACAUCAGCAUCAUCCUCCAACAUUCGUGAUGUACUGAGCAGUAUUGUCAGCCAGCUUUGGUUUCUGUAUGACAUUAGUCCACCUGCAGGUCUGGAAUUAAAGGUGGAUUUUAACUACCUGUGCAGGUAUUUGCAGGCUUUGCUGUGGCAAAUCAAGAGUCAAGAACGACCACUGUUUCUGUUACUGGAUUCUGUUGACCAGCUCCAAACCAGUGACUAUGCCCACUCCAUGUCUUGGAUGCCUCGUAUACUGCCCCCAAAUGUCCACCUCUUUGUUUCCGUAGCAACAGAUCACACAGUUUGCUGGUUCAACCUGAAAGCAAAUAUACCUUUUGAGAAGCAAUUUAUCAACCUUCAGUCACUGGAUAGAGCAGCUGCAGAUAGGAUGAUUCGAGCAAUGUGUCAUAAAAAAGGCAGGACUCUGAGUAUUUCUCAACGCUCUCUUCUUUUACAGACCCAUGGACAAUGCCAUCAGACACUCCAUUUGAAGCUGAUUACAGAUAAGGCAUUAUCGUGGCCAUCACAUAGGUUGGCAUGUGACCUUGAAUUAGGUGCAACAGUGAAAGAAGCAAUUGAUCAACUUUUUGAGAAUCUUGAAAAGAAUCAUGGACAGAUCAUAGUGUCUAAAGCCCUUGGCUAUUUGACUCUGGCUGACCAUGGGCUGACAGAUGGAGAGAUGGAGGAUAUUUUGUCACUAGAUGAUGAAGUACUCCAAGAUACCUACAUUUAUCACUUACCACCUGAUUCUGAUGUGAUACGACUUCCUCCCAGCCUUUGGAUCCGCAUAAAAAAUGACAUCCAUGAAUACCUCACCUUUGAGCAAACUCGCAAAGUUAAAUUCUCCAAAUGGUAUCACCGUCACUUCAAGGAAGCUGCCAUCAGACGCUACAUCACAGACAAAACCCGAGUUCAGAUGCACUGUGCUAUGGCUGAGUAUUUCCUGGGAACAUGGAGUGAUCAGCCCAAGCCUCUGGAACUGUACAAGGGGAAAAAAGCCAGCUAUCCUAAUUGCCUGCGUGGAGUCCCUUCUCAGCCACUGCAGCAACCUGGGGAGCUGAGGAUCUUCAAUCAGCGUAAACUUCAGGAACUUCCACAUCAUUUAACUGAAACUGAAAACUGGGAGGAAUUUCACAGAACCAUAGCCUGCAGCUUAGAGUGGCUUCUGGCAAGCUGCCAGACCAUAACAGCUACUGUUCUUUUAACCCAGUUCCGAGCAAUGCUCCAGAAGAGUAAAGAUAACAAGAAGGAAGGAAUGCAGGUCUUCGUGAAGGAUGUGCAGCAAGUAUACAAUAUGAUCAUCCUAGGCAUUGAUCACAUUCGUAGAGAUCCCAUGAACUUGCCCCUUCAGAUUAUUGGACAGCUAAGUCCAAGCUACAAGGGCUCAACAGGCAUAGAAAAACUCAUCCAGCAGUGUAAGGAAUACUUACACAUAUCACCGCAAGCACUGAUGGUUCCCCAGAAUGCACACUUUCCUGCACCUGGUGGGCAGUUGUUGAGCAGCAUCAACCUCCGCCUGUUUCUCAUGGGUGAAGAUCGGAUGUUGGGUCCAUCUAUAUGUGCCAAUGAAGAAAAACAGCUGUUGCAUGCCAUAGAGUGGUCACUAAAUGGCAAACCUGAUAGCAUCCUCACACUUGACUACGCAAACUCAUGUACCAUUGUAGCACGAGAAAAACUAUCUUCCUUUGUGCAUUCUCUGAACUAUGCAGGAGCAGAACAUAGGUUUCUUGUAAUGAAGAUCUAUGAAGUCAAGUCUAAAUAUAAUGCAGACUUUGUCUACCAGUUACUUGAAGGAAGUACCCUGAUGCCUUUCACGUUUGACAAACUUGUGUCAGCAAUGAGUGUUGCUUCACAUGGAUUAAGCAUUGCUUUUGCCUACAAGCAAGAAACUCAAGUCCAAAUAGGAACACCAGACACAAAGACCCUCACCAUUUUAGUGAAACACCGUAUCAACACUGACAACAUAGUGGCUUUGGCACAUUUUACUUCAGACAGCAGUGCUCUGGUAAUUGUGGACUCCAAAUACAAUAUUCUCGUGUGGUAUGAGUCACAACAGAGAGUCUUGCCUGUAGGAACAAAGUCAGAAAGACAAAUAUAUUUCCAUAAUUCACCACAGCCACAAGAUUACCUCAUAACCAAUUCAAAUUUGUUGUUAUACUCAACCAAGUCCUACAACCAUCCAGGUGUGAUUGUUUUGGACAUUGCUACCAGAAAAGAAAACUUUCUUGUCAGUGAAAAGCUAAAGUAUUCCAUUAACAUUAUGCUGCUAGACAAACACCAACAGUUUGUCUUGGUAGGCACCACUGAAGAAGUAAUUUCAAAUGGAAAUGUCAGAAAGCCUGCUUUGCUAUGGAGGCUAGAUGAUGGAACUCUGGCAUCAGAAAUCCCAAACAACAGUGCCUGGAACACUCUGCAGCUGACUGGAGAUGAUCUGAUCAUAUGCCUGGCCUGUAAUACUCAUGAUUCAGUGAUACGUAUCCUGAGCUUAGGUCCUCGUUCCAAGCUGUUUCCCACUGCUGCAGUCAUCCAAGAGCUCAGUGACCACAACAAGCCCAUCUUUCAACUUUUACCUUUGCACAAUGGCAGCCUUCUCAUUUCUGCUAGCACAGAUAACACCAUCAAGGAGUGGGAUCUAGAAAAAAUUCUAAAAGAUAGUAUCUCUGAAAGUAGUAUGAAGGAAACCAUACCAGCACAAGAUGCAAAAACUACAACUGACAUCAGUAUGGAAUCCUUGGGCAAGACAUCCUGCAUUGUUGUUACCAGAGAUGAGGAGCUAGCAUUCUUCGGUACAGAAAAUGGGGCGGUAGCAUUCUGCAAACUGGAAGAUAGAGCUGACCAUGUCAUCACUCUUGUCUCUAAUCUGCCACCUGUUCAUUUAAUGUGCCAGACCAACAGUGGUGAUAAUAUUAUUGUUGCUGCGGAUAGCACUCUUGCAGUCUUCAAGUCCACAAAUGGAGAUAUACUUUAUAAGAUACCUGCAGCCAUGAAGAGUAAAGUGAGUUGUUUAGCAGAAGGAGGAGGUACUGCGGUUGCUGGUCAUGAAGGGAUGCAAGGCAUAGCCCUUGUAUGGAACGUUGUUACAGGUAUGAAGAUCAGAACAUUGGAGUUCCUGUACUCCUUCAGCAAGACAGCUGUCAGUAAAUGUGGCUCAAAGGUUGUAGUGCAUAUGUUUGAGUUCCCAAUAGUGAUGGAUGUGAUCACUGAAAACUCUGGACAUAAUGAGAUGCAAAUUUCCAUGGAGAAUAUGGACAUCAUGAUGAGUGGUUGCACCUGUAUGUGUGUCAGUCCUGAUGACACCCUUGUGGCCGCCUGUGCAACAGAUGGCAGUAUUCGUGUGAUAAGCAUGGAUAACCGUUAUCUGCAUCGCAUGCAAAAGCGCUCCAGUGCCAUCUCAGCCACAUUUUCACCAGACAGCAGACAUCUCCUCACAGGUGGCUUUCGCUCUAUCUACAUGUGGAACAUGGGCAGUGGGCAGCUGGAAUGCAAAAUGACCCGACACCAAGACUUUGUUACCAGCUUAACAUUUGCUGUUGAUGGGCAUUGUCUGAUUUCAACAUCUUUGGACAUGAUGAUAGUAGUGUGGGACACUGCCACUUGCUUGUCUCUUUGCACAGUGAGAGCUCACUGCCAGCUGCAUUCAGUUGGACUUACCCCAGAUCUUUCCUACUUGGUCUACAUGCCUGAAAGGGUGGCCUCUCUGGCUGUGCUGAAGCCUAACAUGGCUCUAAAAAAGUGUUUGCUCCACGGAGAAAAUAAGGAAGUCUCUAGGACUCUGGAGCAAGCUCAAGCUUUUGCCCUGGCCUUUUCCAGUCAGCCCAUACAAACAACCACCAGUUCUGGUUGCAUAGCUUCUUGAUUUUUUGAAUCUCCUACAUGAACAUGCCUGUAUAGACACAACUUUAUGCAAAUACAUUGAAUGAAAUAAAUGUUUAACAUCCACCUCUUCAGUUUUUAAUGAAAGAGUACUCAUACAUGUGACAUAUAUGUCUUAAUCAACAGAUAUUUCUUCUUCUCAGGCUCGUAAUCUUUUCAAUGACUUUGUUCGCUAAUUUUGCCAAUCAGUUUAAGCCUCCUAUUGUAAAGUGCAAGUUUUCAUUUAUUUUAUAUUUUUAAAAGUACCAGAAUGGGUAAAGUAUGAAUUAACAGUGAAAAUGACAUCGGAGAUUUAUCACAGAUUUUGCUUCAACUAUAACCAUCACAUUAACAAACUUUCAGGCUACCAGUUAGUUUCAUUAUCAUUUUAUGAACACUGCUUUGUAUGAUCAUAUUGUGUGCUAAUAAUUACUACUUUUUUAGGUAAAAGCCUUUCAUUAUCUUAAAAAACAAAUCACCAAAUCUUACCAUUAAGGUUGUUCACAUUGCAGUAGAAGUAGCAGAUUUUAUUACUGAGACUUAAAAACCUACCAUUGCUGUUACCUUGAAAAUUUCAGUACAUAUAUUAAGCAAGUAAUAUACAUAUUGCUAUACUCAUAACACAUCUGUAAUUUUAUUUUUAGCUUUGUACAUGUUACUAUAUCUUGUAAAAAUGUACUUGGUUUUACUUUUUUCCCCCUGAUAAACAUUUAAAAUAUAUGCAUCUUUUGUUAUUUCAAGCAUGAUGGCAUUUGAGUGAGAGAAUGUGUUGGAAAAGUUAAAUAUGCAUGUACUUCUCUGUCAUUUUGUAAAUAAGAUUAGCUCCUCCUAACAAGCACAGCUAACAAGACCUGUUCUCUCCAGUCAAUUUUUAUAAGAAAUGUGAUCUCCCUUGGUAAGAAAACUAACAUUCCUCACUCUUGUAUUUAUGAUUCAACCCCAUAUUCACUACUCAAGCAGCAAUCAGAUUGUUAGUGAAAUGUCUAGUCUUCAAUGUAUUUAAUCAAAUUUGUCAUUUAAUCUUCAGUUUUUUUAAAAUAGCUAAAAACUCUAGUCUUUGG